AAAGUGUAGAGUGAAGGGGGGUCGAGAGGGAAGGAUCGGUGGAGAGAGGGAUGGAGGAGGGAAAUAAGUCAAGGAGAGAGAGAGAGAGGUUUUCACAAAGUGUUUGGCAAAGUCCCUCUCAGUCCUGCACAGCCUCUCAAGAGGAGGGACUAGUUCUCACUGAUCUGCUGAGGUAGACUUGUGUGUAAGCUCUUUUCUGCGUGUGUGACCUGCGUGUGUGACCAUGAGUGGAUUGUGUGUGUUCCUCUUGGCGUGCGUCCUGCCGCUAUCCCUCGCCUCGCCAGACAGGCAGGACCCGUUCCUCUGGCUGUCCGCCCUGCGUGGUCGUGGUUAUGUCGAGGGCUCCCUAUUGGCUGACACCACCGGAGGGGAGUGUCCUGCGGAGUGUGACUGCCCACCAUCCUUCCCCAUCGCUAUGUACUGUGACGGGCGUGGCUUGACAGCCAUGCCCAAUGUGCCCUCCAGGAUGAAGUAUCUGUACCUGCAGCACAAUGAGAUCUCCGCCAUGCCAGACUCUGCCCUGGCCAAUGCCACCAACCUUGUCUGGGUCAUGAUGCAUCACAACGCGCUGUCUACGGACAAAAUCGGCAAGAGGGUGUUUGCCAAGCUGCAGGGGUUGGAGCGUCUGUACCUUCAACAUAAUAACCUGACUCGUGUUCCCCCCAACCUGCCGCGCUCACUACGGGACCUCAGACUCAACAACAACAACAUCAACAAGAUAACACCAGCGGCCCUUGAUGGCAUGGACAACCUGACCAUCCUGUAUCUCCAUGAUAACGCUCUGACAGAGAUGGGCAUGUCUCUGAGGGGUUUGAACUCACUCACUCUGCUUGAUGUCAGCGGCAACAAGCUGAAGAAGGUACCAGAUAGUCUCCCAGAGCGCCUCCACCAGCUGUACCUGGAGUCCAACGCCAUCAGUGCUGUCCCAGAGGGUUUCCUCAGUAAGUUCUCUCAGCUGCAGUACAUCCGCAUGGCCCACAACCAGCUGACCGACAAUGGCAUCCCCCCCAACACCUUCAACGUGUCUGGCCUGGUGGAGCUGGACCUCAGCUUCAACCAACUGGAGAGGAUCCCCCUCGUCAGCCAGACGCUUGAGCACCUCUACCUGCAGGCCAACCACAUCAAAGAGUUUACCCUGGGGAGUUUCUGUGGUGUCGUGGACAUAAUGAACUUCUCCAAGCUGAGGACACUGCGUCUGGAGGGGAAUGAGAUCAGCACCGGCGAUGUCCCCUCGGAGUCGGCACUCUGUCUGCGUCUGGCUAACAGCAUUGAUGUGUAAUGCACCAAUCUCACCACUGGGCAGCAGCAUAAUCUCACCAUCAGAGCAUAGAACAGCAGUCCUGAUUUUUGCAUAACAUUUAAAUUCCCCAAUCUCACCAAGAAGGGGCAGUAAAGGCCUGUAAAGACACAAAGGCCCACGUGAUCCAAGUUUAUCUUUGUUGUUUUAUCUCUUAUCAUUCAAAGGACAUUAUGAUAGAUCUCCAUAUCAGGUCAUUUUUCUUUCUCUAAGCUUUAGAAAUGUAGAUCAUUCAAAGCAUGUUGAAAGUGCUUCUUCCAAAGUCAACUCUGGAGGAAAGAUAACAUUAUAUAAGCUACGUGAUUAUUGUAUACUUCUGGGGUGAUGAUUUCAAAGCCACAUUUGUUGGUAUAUGUGCGUGUGCAUGCUCACACUGCUAAUAGGAUGUGCGUACCAGAGGACGCGGGUGGGAGGAGCUAUAGUAGGACGGGAUCAUUGUAAUGGCUGGAAUGGAAUCAGUGGAAUGGAGUCAAACAUGUGGUUUCCAUUUGUUUGAUGUGUUUGAUACCAUGCCAUUGAUUCCAUUCAAGCCGUGACAAUGAUCCCGUCCUCCUAUAGCUCCUCCCACAAGCAUCAACUGGUGUGUACGUUGUCUGUGUGUAUGUGUCCCCAUUUGACAGUUAGUGUCUUUUUACAAUAAAUGUUAUAAUAUGAUGAUGAUAUGUAUGAAUACGUAUGCAAUUUAUUCUCCAUAAGCCUUACUGUAAAGAGACAAAGGCAGAUUAAAUGCAUGAAGAACGCACUACGCAUUCAUCUAUCCACCAAAAGUGAACUUUUGACACUCUUAUGGACAAAAUUAUGGAUGAGUGGCGGUUGACUGUCCAUCAUUUGAAGAGUUUCAUACCAAAACACUAUACAUCCAUUUUCAGAAAUGUUAAUAAAUCAUAUUUUAUUGUUUAAUUAA